AUGAACAGUUCUUCUUCUUCUUCUUCUUCUUCUUCUUCUUCUUCUUCUUCUUCUUCUUCUUCUUUGCUUUCUUCUUCGCUUUCUACUUCUUCUUCGCCUUCUUUUUCUUUUUCAGCUUCUACUUUUUCUUUGAUUUCUUCUUUGAUUUUUCUUCUUCGACUUCUACUUUUCCUUCUUUCUUUUUCUUCUUUUUCGCUUCCUUCUUAUUCUUUUACUUUUAUUCCACCGACAUCUGCUUCUUCUUCUUCUUCUUCUUCUUCUUCUUUAUUUCAUAUUUCUCCUCUGCCCAUCUCUCAUACCGCCACUUCUUCUUCUUCUUCUUCUUCUUCUUCUUCUUCUUCUUCUUCUUCUUCUAAUACUUUUUAUUCUUCUACUUUUUCUUUCUUCGUCUUCUUCUUUUGUUUCAUAUGUUUUUCUUCUUUUUUUCCACUUCUUCUUCGACUUGCUUUCUUCUUCUUCUUCUUCUUUUACUUCUUUGACCUUCUUCUUCUUCUUCUUCCUCCUCCUUUUCUUUUCCUUCUUUUUCUUUUACUUUUACUUCUCCUUCUUCCUCUUCUUUUCUCCGCUUCUUUUUCUCCUUCUUCUUCUUUUAUUUUUACUUCUUCUCCUUCUCCUCUUCCUUCUUCUUCUUCUUCUUCUUCUUCUUCUUCUUCUUCUUCUUCUUCUUCUUCUUCUUCUUCUUCUCUUUUGACAUCUCACAAUUCUACCCUGACAGCUUUUAAAAAUUCUGCAUUCGUUCUUCUCCUUCUCCACCUCCUCUUCCUCUCCUUCUCCACCCUCUCCCCCACUUCUUUCUUUCUUUCUUUCUUUCUUUCUUUCUUUCUUUCUUUCUUCUUUUCUUCUUCUUCUUCUUCUUCUUCUUCUUCUUCUUCUUCUUCUUCUUCCAUGAUUAUUCAUUCUUUUUUUUCUGAUCUUUGUGAUUUUUGUACUUUUUUCCUAUUUUCUUUUCCAUUUCUUUUCCUCAUGGCUUCGUUUUUUUCUCCUCCUUCCCUUUUGUUUCUUUUUCUUUCCAUGUUCUUUUUCUCCUCCUCUUCAUUCUUCUUUUCUCCUCCUGUUUCUUCUCCCCUCUCGCUCUUUCUCCUUUUCCUCAUUCUUCUUCUUCCCCUCUUCCUCCCCUUCUUCUUCUUCUUCUUCUUCUUCUUCUUCUUCUUCUUCAUUGAUGUUAAUACUCACUUGAGUGUUUCCACUCAUUAUAAAUAUUCGAUAUUGUUAACGGGGAAAUGUAGGAGAUUACCAAUAAUUUAUGGAGUACUCGUACCGUUGUUCAAGACAUGCUAG